ACUUGGCUCCAUUGUCCAUCCCAGCAAAGAGAACACUUGGAAAUUUGAUUCGCACUAUUGACAUGGUGUUUGAUGAUGGAGUCUUGUGGUUUCAAGUUAAUACAUGCAGAUUUAGUGGUGUGAUGUCAAGCCUAUUCACACUACAUGUCAAACAUCAGCAUUUAACAAAACGAAAAAAAUACUAACAAGGUGCUUUUGAAUCAUAUAAGGAGUGCGGAUAAAAAAAAAAGAAAGCUAAUAGAGUUUAAUCCAUAUCUUUAUUUGUACAAAAGUAAUGUGGUGAACAAUACCUUACUACAUCUGAGAAUAACAGGUCAGCUCGCAACCAACCACAAAGCCAUUGUUUUUGAAUAUCACUGUUGGGUGACAAAGUUGGUGCAAUCCAUUGCACUGAUUAUGGGCUUCAAAGCGCCCUACAACUGAUGAAUGCAUAAUCAAAGAUAAAAUACGUAUAUUCCUACUCUAGCAAUUAAUAACAGGAACACAACUAAUAGAGGAAUCUAUUUGACAUAAAUAUACUGGUGGCAUAUGUAAAUGUACAUACAAUUAACACAUCCAUAACCUACUAUAUACCUCUUUAUACAAAAGCCGUGUAGUCAUUCGGCAUGAAGAAUAGGACAGAAAAAGUGUCAACACUUAUUGUACUCACUUAAGAGUUUGAUGCUGGGAAUGAGGCAGUGCCAUUGCACCACUAAAUCCAUGUAAAUCCUGUGUGUCCAGAAGGCUGUGCAAUGAAGCGUGUGUUGAAACAAGGAACUCCAUUCUGAAGGAAUCCAUCCCCUCCCUCCCAUUUUCUUGUCUCUUGGUCUCCUUUGACCUCUGAUUUAGUUUGCGGCGAGUGGGCACUACCAGCCUCAGGAAUGGCACUACUCCCACAUCUACAAUGCUAUUUUGGGCCCAUUUGGUGAACUGAUGACCGAGAGUGAUCUCAACCGUAUUGAAAAGCAAAUCGAGAACCUGCAAGUGAUGCACAAAGUGUCGGAAGUCGAGAAAGAACUGGAAGAACUUGAGCAGGAGCUUCAUCAGCUUUUACCCGUUUCCGCAGCUCUCACUCAAGGACAUUUCUCAGUAAAUCCAAAACAGGUGCAUGGCCAAGCUGAAGAUCUUCCAGCCUGGUGCAGCAAGAUUUCUACUUUGCUGAAAAGUAUGGCUAUUCUUCUCGCCACCCUAGGGGGUAAAGAGAUUGACAUUCUGGAUCUUAUAAAUCCUGCAUAUUCUCUAAAAGGGGAAAAUGAUUCAGCAGCUAGUCAGUCAGAUACAGCUGGAUCCAUUGGCACAGUAUUUAUCGGACGUUCUCAGUCCUUCUCCACAAAGGAAGAAGUGGAGAAGGAAAUAAAGCAGUUUGGUGUUUCUGUGAAGAACCUUAAGGCCAAUUACGAAAUUAAUAGUCAGUUACAGUCUGUAAAUAAAGAGACUAGGGUGUAUAAACGCCAGAGCUCACUCCCAGUUGUAAGUAAGACUAGUAAUCUUCCAAAGACAGUUUACCAGAAAGAUGUUGCAUUCUCCUCUGUUAGUGCCCCUCACUCCCACAUCAAUGGUGUUUUAUCUUCAGUGGAGGAGUUAAAGCUUGUUGAAGAGCCAGUUAUUGUGGCCUCUCAUGUGCCUCAAACCUAUGCAUCCACCGAGAUCAUGGUUUCAACCAACAUUAAAGAGUUUAACCAGGUUCUUUCAACAGACCCUAUUUUAAAUAAUGACCAUCUAACAAGAAGUUUGGAAGUGCAGACAGAUCUCAGCUAUGUUCAGGAAUGCAUUGAAACAAGGAAAGAGAGGAUUGUUUUCCUGUUCCUCGAACACUGGCGCAAGUACACCAUCUCUGAAUUCUGUCAAACUGGCAGAAGGGGAAAUAAUCCAGAGGUGGGCUGGGAGAACUUGACUCAGAAUAACACAAACAACAUUGGAGAGAGGAAGAGUGAUGACGACAAGCUCUUCCUUUUCAUGAAGUCCAAGCAGGUAGUUGGAAAACUGAUCGGCCACUGGAGAACCAUCAUGAGCCAGGUGCCCAGUCGCCAGAUUCGCAGGCUGAGUCGAGCCCAGAUGAUCUACUGGCCAGAACAUUUCCUGCCUCACAUCAAUGGUUCACCUGUGAGCUAUGAAAGCCUGACCCUUGACCUUUUCAUGCUCGGAUAUUUCCAGCUGCUGGAAAUGAACAUGUCUCGCAGUGAGCGCAAAUUCCGCCACCUCUUGUGCUACGAGAUGUUUGAUCGUCUCGGUAGGCAUCCGUGGGAGGUCAUAAAGCUGUUCCACAAGGAGGUCAUGGAGGAACUUGAGAGAGGAAAGCGAGAUUGGGUGGAUGGAUUUGAGGACAUCAAGCUGAAGUACUUUGGGGACUCUGUUGAUGAGGGAGGUGUGAUGACAGCUUCUCUGCAUUCCAUGUCUCCUGCGGUGAGAUUAAAUCCAAAAGAAGAGCCACUUCCCCCUCCACCUUGUCAUCCUCCACCUCCUCCACCACCUGCGCAUCCUGUACCCCUACCGCCACCAACACAUGCCCCACCAGCCUCACAAUUAGUCACGCCCUUGGCCUUGGAUGGUGCCUUGGACACUAAUCCAUAUGUUGAUCAAAAUACCAUGCUGAACCCAUUAGACAAUGCACAGCGUGAUCUUAAAGAAAUUGAGCACAAGAUGUUGACUGAACAAAUGGUUCCCAAAGGUUCUUGUUUAGAUCAGGAUGAGAUUCAGGGCAUACACACAUAUACUGAUGCAACACAACCAGACACACCCACCCACAACACCAAAGAAAACAAAGGAGCAGUCCCAGUUAAAGAGUUAACUGUUAGAACUUUCGCUCAAACACCAGUUGCUCAACCUCUACCUGGACAUAGUGAAGACUCAAUCAAAGUAAUCUAUGAACUAAAAGAGUUUAGCAAUGAGGAGAUCAUUAGAUACAUUGAUCGAAGCUUUUCCUUCUGGAAGGAAAAAGAAGCUGAGCUUUUUGACAUCUAACAGCUUUGAUUAUAAAUGUACAUUGCACAUGCAUUACUAGCAUAAUUAGGAAAAUAAACCUGCCUACCUUCUUACAUGUUGAGUAAAAUGGGGCAUUCACUUUGAGGCCAUGUCACAUGAGUGACUUAGCAGCUGCAAAACACAGAGCAUCUAUUUAUACCUUAUUGUGAAGUGGAUAUAAAGAAUAAAAAUAAAAUGUCUAUGGUGUCAAAGUCCCAAAACAUGUUUCAACCAUUAGAAAUGUAUUUUAUAAGAAACAUUGUAAAUGAAAAAAGAACCUUGCCUUCAGGUCCUCCAUCAUAAUGACUGAAUGUUUAAAGUUUUGUAAAAAGUUGUAAAAGAUUUGCCAUACACGCUAUGUAGCGUUUGCGUUGAGCGUCUGUGUGCUGAAUGGCAAAAUGCAUUGCAAAUACAAUUUUACUUACAGGAAGGCAGGACUUUAUCAGAUCUAAAUUGCUUGUUUUUAUUGUAAGGAAUAAAACAUGCAGUACAAAAAGAGCUUGUAUUUGACAUGUAAAGACUUCCAGGUAAAGAAGAUGCAACAACAUUGCUGAAAUAUGAAGCAUUCACCUAUUACCGGGAUCUUGUCAUUGCAACAUGAGUUACAACUAGUUUAGAAUCAUUUAUGUGCUUGUAGAUUUGCUAGGUUUUAAGAUUUGAAUGUGUUCCCCUACUGUUUUGGUUUUGGGCUAUGAUAAAUAAAGUUGUUUACAUCUUUGUGACUACUUCGUAUUAGUUCUUUGUUAAAGCAGAGUUUUGCAUCAUGUUAAAUGAUUAAAAAACACUUAAUAGAAUACAGACAGUUUGUUACAUAGACUGUUAUUGUUCACCACCCUGCUGCGAGGCGCUCAACGUUCAAGUCCCACACUUUUCUUAUUACGUCUUCCAGCAUUGAGAUUACCUUCAAAUAACCCUCUUAGCACCUCCCGCUGUCAUGCUAUCUGUGGCUUAAAAACCGUAAGGAGGUUACCGCAACUCUUCAUCAACUCACGGCCUAAAUGGGAAAGCAGUCAAUGGGUUAACUUUAAAAUUGAAAUAUCAUUACACAUUGGAUUUAUUCACAAUAACAAGCAAACAUUAACAACUCUCUACUGAUGCUAUUAAUAUUGCUUAUAUCAAUAGAUAGAUAGACAGACAGAGCCGUGAGUGACAGCCAUGCUUGUCUGUCAUCGUAUUCAACGCCAACAACAAUUUUGUAUUCAAUUAAUUAGUUAAAAAUAUGGACAUUUAUUUUUUAACCUGUUCUUUUAAAUCGCAAAUGAUACUACUGUAUUUUUCGGACUAUAAGUCGCAGUUUUUUUCAUAGUUUGGCCAGGGGUGCGACUUAUACUCAGGAGCGACUUAUGUGUGAAAUUAUUAACACAUUACCGUAAAAUAUCAAAUAAUAUUAUUUAUCUCAUUCACGUAAGAGACUAGACGUAUAAGAUUUCAUGGGAUUUAGCGAUUAGGAGUGACAGAUUGUUUGGUAAACGUAUAGCAUGUUCUAUAUGUUAUAGUUAUUUGAAUGACUCUUACCAUAAUAUGUUACGUUAACAUACAAGGCACGU